GGAGGCGGUAGAUAGCAUCCCCUCCAGGGAGCAACGUCCAAGAACAUAUUGUGUGGCUGCGUGCACCGAGUAAAACUCAACACCCCGACCUAAAAAAGGGUGUGGAACCGGAGGGGCGGUCCCGCCUCGGGGCAUGACGUCACACCCUGCGCCACCGCGCAAAGAAGGCCCGGGAGCGACGUCUGCUGGAAGGGGGGGGGGUUGGCCCGGUUUCCUGGCGACGCGGCGCUGCAGGCGGUUACCCUCUUUCUCUUCCCGACGCGUGAGUUAGGCCGUCAUGCCUUGGCUGCUCUCAGCCCCCAAGCUGGUUCUCGCUGUAGCAAACAUCCGCGGUCUCUCAGGAUGUAUGUUGUGUUCACAGCGAAGGUACUCCCUUCAUCCUGUCCCAGAAAGGAGGAUUCCAAACCGAUACUUAGGCCAGCCCAGCCCCUUUACACACCCACACCUCCUCAGACCAGACUCGAAUUCCUGCUGGGAAGUCGACUGAAACUAAGGAAAUGCAGCUCACCACUGAAACCCACAAGAAAUCAGUUUUUCAAAGCUGUAAGGGGAGGUAACUCCAGGACUAUCCCAGGUGGAAUAUGCACUUCGCAGACACAAACUAAUGUCUCUGAUCCAGAAGGAAGCUCAAGGGCACAGCGGGACAGACCAGACGGUGGUAGUGCUCUCCAACCCUACGUACUACAUGAGCAACGAUAUUCCCUAUACUUUCCACCAGGACAACAAUUUCCUGUACCUGUGUGGAUUCCAAGAGCCUGAUAGCAUUCUUGUCCUUCAAAGCUUCCCUGGCAAACAGUUACCAUCCCACAAAGCCAUACUUUUUGUGCCUCGGCGAGAUCCCAGUCGAGAACUUUGGGAUGGUCCACGAUCUGGCACUGAUGGAGCAAUAGCUCUAACCGGAGUGGACGAAGCCUAUACACUAGAAGAAUUUCAACAUUUUCUACCAAAAAUGAAAGCUGAGACGAACAUGGUUUGGUAUGACUGGAUGAGGCCCUCGCAUGCACAGCUUCACUCUGACUAUAUGCAGCCCUUGACUGAGGCCAAAGCCAGGAGCAAGAACAAGGUUCGGGGUGUUCAGCAGCUGAUACAGCGCCUCCGGCUGAUCAAAUCUCCUGCAGAAAUUGAACGAAUGCAGAUUUCUGGGAAGCUGACAUCACAGGCUUUCAUAGAAACCAUGUUUGCCAGUAAAGCCCCUGUGGAAGAAGGCUUUCUUUAUGCUAAGUUUGAAUUUGAAUGCCGGGCUCGUGGUGCAGACAUCUUAGCCUAUCCACCUGUGGUGGCUGGUGGUAAUCGGUCAAACACUUUGCACUAUGUGAAGAAUAAUCAACUCAUCAAGGAUGGGGAAAUGGUGCUUCUGGAUGGAGGUUGUGAGUCUUCCUGCUAUGUGAGUGACAUCACACGUACCUGGCCAGUCAAUGGCAGGUUCACCGCACCUCAGGCAGAACUCUAUGAAGCUGUUCUAGAGAUCCAGAGAGAUUGUUUGGCCCUCUGCUUCCCUGGGACAAGCUUGGAGAACAUCUACAGCAUGAUGCUGACCUUGAUAGGACAGAAGCUUAAAGACUUGGGAAUCAUGAAGAACAUUAAGGAAAAUAAUGUCUUCAAGGCUGCUCGAAAAUACUGCCCUCACCAUGUUGGCCACUACCUCGGGAUGGAUGUCCAUGACACUCCAGACAUGCCCCGUUCUCUCCCUCUGCAGCCUGGGAUGGUAAUCACAAUUGAGCCAGGCAUUUAUAUUCCAGAGGAUGACAGAGAUGCCCCAGAGAAGUUUCGGGGUCUUGGUGUACGAAUUGAGGAUGAUGUAGUGGUGACUCAGGACUCACCUCUCAUCCUUUCUGCAGAUUGUCCCAAAGAGAUGAAUGACAUUGAACAGAUAUGCAGCCGAGCUUCUUGACCUUCACUGCGGCCCACAUGCACCUCAGGUUCAAGAUGGGUGUGUGCUGGCAGCCCUGCACGUGUGCUUUCUGAGUGUCUCUGUGUAUGCAUUAAUAUAUGUGUUCCAUUUGGGAGCAUA